CGCGGCGAGGGCGGGGCGCGAGCGGAGAGCCCGGCGGUGGCAUUAAGCAGCAGCAGCAGCGUCUGACAGAGGCGCGCAUCCUCCUCCUCCUCCUCCUCCUUGACUGCCGGCUCCGGAGGACCAAGCGGCCGACAGCCUCCUCCUCCUCCUGCUGCUGCUGCUGCUCCAAGGCUUGGCCUAGUUUCCUAAGCCCUCCGUCGUCCAUCCCGUCCUCAGCAGCCUCCUUCUCUUUGCUUUCCCUCCCGCCAUGAGGCUGAAGGGCCGGGGAUGCUGCGCCCCGGGCGAGCGAGGAGGAAGAGGAGGAGGAGGAGGAGGAAAAGGCGCCGGCGAGGAGGAGCAGAAGCAGGAGGGCCGAGGGCCGCCCCCUCCCCCGCUGCGCAGCCCCUUCGCGCACCAGCUGCGCUUCAGCGCCCUCCAGAAAGCCAAGAUUGCCUUCAUGACAUUGACCGUGUUCCCCAUCCGGCUGUUCUUUGCCGCUUUUAUGAUGUUAUUGGCCUGGCCUUUUGCGUUCAUCGCAUCCAUAGGAGUUGCUGAUAAAGAAUUAGAACAGCCCCUCUCCUGGUGGCGAAAGGUUGUGGAUUUCUUGCUGAAGGCUAUCAUGAGGACAAUGUGGCUUGCUGGUGGAUUCCACUGGAUAAAUGUGAAGGGCAGGCAGGCCCUGCCCACUGAAGCAGCAAUAUUGACCCUGGCUCCACAUUCCUCGUACUUUGAUGCUAUACCAGUAACAAUGACCAUGGCCUCCAUUGUCAUGAAAGCAGAAAGCAAAGACAUCCCUGUUUGGGGAACUCUGAUCAAAUACAUCCGACCUGUGUUUGUAUCUCGAUCAGAUCAGGAUUCUCGCAGAAAAACUGUUGAGGAGAUAAGACGGCGUGCUCAAUCUAAUGGAAAAUGGCCUCAGAUAAUGAUAUUCCCAGAAGGAACCUGCACUAAUCGAUCUUGUCUAAUUACCUUCAAGCCUGGAGCAUUUAUCCCUGGCGUGCCUGUCCAACCAGUGAUUCUACGUUAUCCAAACAAAUCGGAUACAAUUACAUGGACGUGGCAAGGUCCGGGAGCGCUGAAAAUUCUGUGGCUUACGUUAUGCCAGUUUCAUAAUUUUGUGGAAAUAGAGUUUUUGCCUGUGUAUAUACCUUCUGAAGAAGAAAGGAAGAAUCCAUCUUUGUAUGCAAAUAACGUCAGACGUAUAAUGGCAAAGGCUCUUGGAGUUUCAGUCACAGACUAUACUUUUGAAGACUGCCAGCUGGCUUUGGCUGAAGGACAACUCCGCCUCCCUUCAAAUACUUGUCUCUUAGAAUUUGCAAAACUUGUAAGAAGUCUUGGAUUAAAGCCAGAGAAGCUUGAAAAGGAACUUGAGGUGUACUCAGGAAGUGCCAAGAGAAUGAAAGGCAAAAGAGUCAGUCUUAAGAAAUUUGCUGAAUACUUGGAAGUCCCAGUUUCAGAUACAUUAAAAAAUAUGUUUGCACUUUUUGAUGAGAAAGAAGAUGGUCUGAUUGACUUACGAGAAUAUGUAACAGCAUUGUCGGUUGUUUGUAGGCCAUCUAAAACUCUGCAAACAAUACAGUUGGCUUUUAAGAUGUAUCAAUCAGAUUAUGGCACUAUAACAGAAGAGGACUUAACUUGCAUUUUAAAAACCGCAAUGGGUGUUUCAGACCUUAACGUAUCAAACCUUUUCAGAGCUAUAGAUGUUGAAGGAAGGGGAAAAGUUACGUAUGAUGAAUUUCACAGGUUUACUGAAAUGUAUCCAGACUUUGCUGAGGAAUAUUUAUAUCCCGAUCAAAUGGAGACUGGAAGCUCCUUGGACGCUCCUGCCCCCAAUGGCCUCUGUACAGAUUUCAGCCCAGAAACUGUGGAAGAGAGGAGAACCCGUCUACAAAAGAAAAUGGAUUAAUUUUAACCAUUUCCUCAUCCUCUUCUGGUGAGAGGAGUAUGUUUUGUCUUGGGCUCUUCAUAGUCACACAGUUGUAUAUGACCUGAAGGAUGUGAGAGAAAGGUGCCUGUGUGUGAGUGCAUGUAUGAGUGUGUGAGUGUGUAGAUGAUUUUACUGCAUUAAUGAGCAUCUUCAGGCUUGCUGUUGGGAAGGUAUUGUUUUUCCAUCAGUAUCUUGGAAAGUAAAGAAUGUAAAUGAACUUUAAUUUCUGUACUUAAAAAGAAGAUGCUUGCGUAUUUAUAUUCCAUUGUUUAGUUCCAUGUACAAAGUGUCCUACAAAGUGUGCAUGUGUAAAGAAUACUGUAGCUCCUAUGGUGUCAAGUGCACUUCGGUGAUUAGUGUUAUCCCUAUUUAGGGAAUUGUUUUGGGGGUCAAGUUUUGCUUUUCUUUUUCACAUGGAUGGCUCUGUUGACUGCUAGCUGUUGACGGCUAUCUUCUGAGCAAGGCAAGUGUGGCUUGGACCCUUUGUUUUCAUUUCAUUAAAUAGUUAAAGGAAGAAAAGUAUGCAAAAAAAUGUUUCAACGAAGGAAUUGUUUUUAUUAUUUUUGGGGUCUUUCAGUCCAUGGUAACAUCAAUAUGGAUACGGGGAAUUGUUCCCUGGGUUGUGUGCAAUCUGUGCUAAAAUUAUUACAGUUCUGUAAUUCAGAUUCUGCAGAAUUCCAUUUUUUAAAAUAAAUAAUACGAAUUAGGUACAUUUCCACAUUUUGCAUAUGGCUGCUCUCUCAGUACAUUGGGAAAGACAAAGAAGUAUACAGGAAACACUCUGAUCUGAUUCCUGGAAAUGUAGAUCAUUUUUCUCCAUCUCCUUACGCCAACCCAAAAACAUACCUUCAGGUUUAGAAACCCAUAAUUAAAAAGUGAAAGUCAAAUUCUUUGGAUGUUGAAUUCUGGACUAAAUUGUGAUUUCUGUACUAAUGAGUCUGAUAACAGAAUAUGCACAGCCCUGGCCAUUUCCUUCUUUCUUCCAUUGAUGUUCCAUUUGGAUUUACAAGGAGAGGAUAAUUAAAAUAGGUAUGUUUUUUUUAAAAAAAAAGACAGCUUCAAAAGAUAUGGCUUUUUGCACACAACAAAGUAAUACAUAAUAGAUACUGAACAGGCAUAAAAUAAACAUCUGUUAACAUCAGGCAUCCAAAAUAUUCCUUAAAAUUAUCCAAAAAAGAUUUAAAAUUCCACCUCUGAAUUUUCAGAGAAAUGUGAUCCUGCUUUUCUAUUGUUCCCUGCUUUUUUAAUGGCUCUUUAGUAAGAGGUGUCAGAUUUAAGUUCUUCAUGAACUAACUGGCAUAGUCCCUGGGCAUUUACAUAUCUUGCCUCCUUUAUCUCUUCAGUUCCAACAUGGCAUAGCCUGACAUGACUUCUGAGUUGUGUUUCACUGUAUAGGGUUUUCAAAGACAGACAUGUUAAUCCCACUCUCAGUACUUCCAUACUAAGUGUUUACUCGGCAGUUGUC